UAAGUCUUUAUCUGGUUUGUAGUUUGCAGACGGAAUGGGUAGUGUCGUAGUGCGGUACUGCGGUAGUGGCUAGUCAGUAGUCAGCAGUCACGUCCCUCCAUAUUUUUUAGCUAACUAGGGAUUUUUAAAAUUUUAAUUAGGUGUCUAGGCUACUAGGGUCUAGGGUAAUAGAUUACUAUUAUAUUCCUUCAUAAUUCCUAUUGGGCCAUCCGGUUAGGCAGUAGGCUGACAGGCUGUGCUUCUCAAUAUAUUUUACACUAUUUAUAUUACUCUCUUCGUUCUCUAAUACUCCAGGUAAAAUCAUCACAUAAGUAGCAUCCAUUGAUCUUCCAGAUUUAGUAACCCACCAUUUGAUUAAUUCCAAUUUGAUGCUAUUGACAGUCACCCCUCUAUGUAACAGGGUAUUCAAGAAGAAUGAUCAAAUAGAAUGGGCUAAAGGACACAACAAUAUGAUAUGAUCUUCUGUAACACUCGCCCUUUUGCAGAAAGGACAAAUCGAGGGACAAGCAGUUGAGAAGAUAGCAAGUUGCUCAGGGAAGGGUAGACACUUAUUCCACAACCUCCAUAGAUUUUUUUAUUUAUUUUAGGCACUUGCUUAGAAUUCCAAAUGUGUGAGUUGGGCAGAGUCCUCCCCUCCUGCGGCCAAAGAGCUAAGUAAGAUGAUUUUGUUGUAAAAAAAUCCCUCUGAUGUAUGCUUCCAUGUAAUAGAACUAGGGACUCUGUCCACCAUGGCUUCUGCCUCUUCAUGUACGAGGCAAAUUCUCCUUCAGGAGGGAGAAUCAGUAGUUUUUACCUCACCUAGUUCGUGUGCACCAUAUCUGCUCCUCAUCAGGUCAGCCCACAAGGAUUGACCUUUCUGGUCUCCCACCAUAACUUCAUGGCUGAUAUUUUUUGAAUGUCAGCUAUGGCCCUAAUGCCUAGACUACCAUUUUGCAUAGGCUUGCAGAUUCUUUUUAAACAAGCCCAAUGAUAUUUUGGCUUAUUAUUUCUGAUUCCCCAAAAGAAAUUUGCAACCUUCCUAUUGAUCAAGUUCACCACUGCCCUUGGAAGAUUAAUAACAGUCAGGACAUACAAUGGAAUGGAAUUAAGCACAUGUUUAAUCAAUAUUAACCUCCUGCCUUGGGAUAGAAUCAUAGACUUCCAGUUAGCUAACUUUUUAUCAAAAGUUUCCAACAAAUCUUUGCAAUGUGCUAACCUGGUAAUGCCCCUGUGAAGUUGUACCCCAAGAUACUUUAUAGGUAGCUUGGCAGAUUUCAUACCCAGCUCAUUUUCUAUAAACAAAACACGCCCAAGAGUAGUAUUCUUACCAACAACAAAACUGCUUUUUUCUUUAUUUAUCAAUUGACCAGAUGCAUCCUGAUAAAAUUGAAUAAAUUUCUUGAAGUUUUUGAUAGACCGUGACGAACCAUUCAAAAAAAUUAUAAGGUCAUCCGCAAACGCCAGGUGAGUAAUAUGAGCUCCACGUCCAAUAUUGAAUCUUUCAAUAUCUCCUUUAUGCAUAAUCCUAUUCAAUCCUCUCGAAAAAGCUUCGGAUACAAUAAUAAAGAGCAGGGGAGAGGGGAUCCCCUUGUUUAACUCCUCUAUAGGGCUGAAAAAAACCACAGGGUGCGCCAUUGAUUAGGAUUGAGAUAUAAGUACUCCUCAGGUUUUCUAGGAUCAAGUGUAUGAUUUUCAAAUCAAAACCAAAGCUGCCAAGAAUAGAGCCCAAAAACUCCCAGUCAACCCUAGCGAAGGCCUUAGCCAUAUCCAACUUUACCAUAAGAUUCGAAGCCCACACCUUUUUGUCUAAAUUGUGUAACAUCUCAAAAGCAAUCAAGACCUGGUUGGAAAGGUCUCUCCCCCCCAUAAACCUUGAUUGUUCUUUUGAUAUAAUUUUAGGUAAGAGAACUGUCAUUCUUGAAGCCAAAAUACGAGUAUUAAUCUUGCUAAAGAAAGGGGAAAGACAAAUAGGCCGAAAAUCUCCAAAUCCUGUGGGAUUUUUUUUCUUAGGGAUUAGAACCAUAUUAACACAACCCACUCAUUUAGGAAUAGGAAAGCCCAAGAAAAAUUCCUGCACCACCAUAACCACAUCCCUUUUGAUAAUCUCCCAACACCCUCUGUAGAAACUCCCUCCAAAUCCGUCAGGCCUCGGAGUUGCAUCCUGACUAAGACCCCAAACUGCCUCCCUAAUUUCAACCUCUCCCGGCAAGGCUAAAAGCAUAUCAUUAUCGGAAUCAUUAAGAAUAUUAGGAAUAUUCUGAAGCAUCUUCUCAAAAUCAUGGGUCUGACCUUUAGCGGAGAGACUUGAAAAAUACAUAACUGCCUCCCUACCUAUCUCUUCUGAUGCAUAACACCACUCCCCAUUAGACUUCUUUAUGGCCUGAUAUGUUGCCUUUGAACCUUGUUACACACAGUCUCAUGAAAAACUGUGUAUUAGCAUGCCCCUGUUUUAUCCAUUUAACAUUUGCAUUUUGUUUCCAAAAGGUCUCUUGUUGCUUUAUCUUCAAGAGGAGCUCUGCUUGCUUUUGUGACAAAAAGCCCUUUUACCUUCUAUAUGAUACUCUUUGUAUUCCUUUUCUGCUGCAAGAGCCUCACCUUCUAUAUUGCCAAACACCAUGUCCUAAGAUCUUUUUUUAAAUUUUGCAACUUAGCACACAGUCCCCUCAUACCCCCAACCGUGGGGUAAUCUUUCCAGUUCUUGUAAACAAAAGGCAAGAACUCAUCGUGGGAGAACCACAUAUUUUGAAAACGAAAUUGUUUAGGGCCCGAAUAUGUAUUAACUUCACACAGAAGGAGUGGGCAAUGAUCGGAGGACGUCUUACUUAGGUGCUGAAUGUGAACUUCAUCAAAUUUUUCAAUGAAAUUCUUGUUUGCUAAAUAACGGUCAAUCCUCUCCCAUAAUGUACCGUUCGAACGCAUGCCUGACCAAGUAUAAGUCGAUCUGAUCGUUGGCAACUGAGAUAGCUCGCAUUCUUCGAUACAAUCCUGAAAAUCUAGAAUAUCAUUUAAUGGAGGACUUGACAGCCCUUUAUACUCAGAGAUUGAUGAAACCACGUUAAAAUCACCACCCAAAAUCUACGCAGAAUCAUCCAUAUUUGCGUACUCAGUUAACUCUGCCCACAGAUGGGCUCUAUCCUAUCUCGUAUGGAGCCCAUAAAUAGGAGAGAAAGUAAAAGCAAAAAUCAAAGGAAUAUACACCACCUUGGCGAGAAGGAACUGAUCUUUUUCCACAAUGGAUGAAACAUCACUCACAAUCAUUCCACAAGAGCCAAAUUUUAUUUGUAGCCGACAUAUAUAGGUUGGAAAAACCAAGAUUACACAUAUAAGAAUUACCUUUAUUUUGAUCAAUGAGAAGUUCAAUAACUGUAACCAAAUUUACCGAAUAGUGCCUGAUAAUAUCACGUAGCCUCGGGCACAAAGAGGCGAGGCCAUGGAGAUUCCAUGUAAGUAGCUUCAUAGGGAAACCAGUGAGGAGGUUUCCGUGUUGGUCCUCUUGGCCGUUAAACGUGUAGUGACCGCCACAGGAGGAUAAUUUUCUUUGAUUUUUCGUCUUCCAACCAACCUAGCUGCUUCUUCCUUAUUCUUAACCGUUUGAUUUACCCUUUCUUGUAGUUCCCUACAAACCUCCUCCCAUGACCCUUGGUCAAAUUCUCCACCUCAAUUGUUUCCCCCUCGGACACAUAUCAAACAUGCAUAAUGAUUGUAUGUUCUUCUCCCCUCCGUAAAUCCCUUUCCUCAAAGUUGAUAAGUUUAGUUACAUCCGUAGCAUGAGGCACUUCCUCCAAUUUUGACCUCUCAGUAUAAUUUGCAUCACCCAAUUCAUUUUGAAACUCUCCAAGAUCAACCAAUGGUUGAGGGGCAGUCUCCUGUGAAUCUUGUGAAUCCUCAGCCACUUGCAUGUCCUUUUCUGGGAUUUCAGCUACCUCUUUAGAUCCCUCCACUAACAUAAUUUCAUGUACCCCUACUGAAUCAUUACGCACAACCUCUUGUGCAUCCCCCUCCUUGGGUAUUGAAACAAUAGCUUCUUCCCCCCUACGUGAGGAUUCUGGCUUGUCAAAAACCUCACCCACCUUCUCUUUUCCAUGCUUCUUUCGAGUAACUUGGAUCCAUUGAUCCGGAACCUUUUGAAUGGAUUUCCCGACAUCCUUUUUUGUUAUAGCCCCUCCCAAUUGCACCUGCUUAUUUACCCCUUCAAUCUUCUUUGGUAUCCCACAGUUGCUUUUUUUGUGUCCAAUCUUAUUGCAUUUUAAGCAAUAAUCCGGUAAGUCUUCAUAGGUCACCGUCUAAAAAAUUUCUUUGGAUCCAUUCACGAUCAAAACUUUAGAGGGGAUUUCUUGUAGCAAAUCCAACUCAACACAUACCUUUGCAGUGGAUGGCCUCGUGAGAUUUGUCGUCGCAGCAUCUACUUUCAGGGGCUUUCCAAUCAUUCCAGCAAUGUAGAAAAGGGCCAUUUUGUCAUGCAAGUGAAUAGGUAGACCUUCAAACGUGAUCCAUACCGGAACGAUAGGCGAUUCCACAUCAGGCCUAAAAUCUG